AGACAAAAAUGUAAUAUUCGCAAUGAUAGAGCCACAAUGAUCAGUUAUAAUUUGUGAAAAUAGAAUCCUAAAACAAAAAUACACAACAUGGCCAAAAGUAUGUGGACACCUGACCAACACACCCAUAUGCGCUCCUUCCCCAAACUGUUGCGACAUAUUUGGAAGCACAUAAUUGUAUAUUCCAGUGGUCACCAUCCCUGCUAGCUCCUUAACUCCUUAAGUUCUCGAGCAACUUAAACAGAUGUGUUAGAUUUGGGUUAGAGAUUAAACCUGCAGGAAGGUAGAUCUCAAGGAAGAGGGUUGGUGAAGAGGGUGGUAAGGAUGUCUUUGUGUGCGGUAGCAUUACAAAUUCCCUUCACUGGAACUAAAGAGCCUAAACCUGUUCCAGCAUGAUAAUUCCCCUGUGCAUGACGCAGGGUUUAUUAUGAAAUACUUCGCCAAGGUUGGAGUGGAAGAACUCGAGUGGCCUGCAGAGAGUCCUGACUUCAACCCCACUGAACACCUUUGGGAUGAGCCCCAGACCUCCUCACCUGACAUCAUUAAUGCUGUUGUGGCUGAAUGGGCAAAUAAUAGCAAAACAGCAAAAAGGGCCUAAAUCUGGAUAGGGAAAUUCAGCAAGCACACAUGAGUGUGAUAGUCAGGUGUUCACACACUUUUGGCCAUAUAGCGUAUGUAUUUUACUAAUGUCCUGAAGUGGAUGGACAGACAGACAGACGCAAGUGCAUGUUUUCUGGUUUUAUCAAAACCAAAUUAAAAGGCCAUUUUUACAAAGACUUGAAGCAAACAGACAAUCAGUGUGGGGAGGGAGGCGGGGAAGAGAGAGGUUAUGAUCAGAACUGCUGAAGCCACACUUCACAAACACUGGGUUAUUUAAAGGAAGUAGUGUGAUUGCAUACAGGUGAAUUUGGGACAUGUGCCUGACUGGAAGUCAUAUGACCAGAUCGCUAGCUGAGGCUCAUGGGAUAUGUAGUCUGUAACUUCCGGAGUUGAAAAGUCAUGUGAUAAUUUGGCUACACUGUUUUCCAGCAUUGCUCCGUUCACUCGCGAAUAAAUUCACGAGCACUAUGUCAACCGGUCACUUAGACAGUAGAUAGCGUUAGCUUAGAUAACCUACUACAUAAGGGAAGUGUUGUACCUGUUGCUAGUAGUGACGGGAUUCCGGAUCCUUUCAGUGAGUCGGCUCAUUUGGCUCGGCUCACCAAUAAGAGCCGACUCUCUCGGCUCCCAAAGCGGUUCGUUGCCUUUUUUAUUUAUUUAUGUUUUUAACCCAGACAAAGGUUGCGAUAAUUUGACCAGCGAGAGAGGUUCUCUUGCGAAUAAAUAACGACGAAAGGGACAUUUCAGUGCUAUAUCUAAAUCUAAACAAACGAACCCACGAAAGUUUUAUCUGAAUUAAUUCACUUCCUGGAGUUACUGAAGGAAUGAUAAAUGAAUGAAUUCACGCUAACGAACAGCUCGAGAUAUUUCCUUGUAGGCAGUUUGAUGAAAUUACGCUGUAACGACAAUGUUUACAUCUACCUAAAAAAUUUACCCUCAACGGUCACAUCUAGGAGUCGACUCAAGCAGCCGGAUCAUUCGAGGUGACACAUGACUAGCUGCUAGCUAGCAAGCCGCGUGUGCUGUUUAACGGCAUGGCCGGGUUGAGUGUGGCUCCUGUGGUAGUUUGUAAGCAGUACAUAGUAACUAGUUUGCUCUAGUAAGUGGGUAGUUAUCUAGCUCCUAACAUGUCGGUUGUGACAGUGCAGUUAGGUCAGUGCGGUAAUCAGAUUGGACCAGAGGUGUUUAGCACUGUGUAUGAAGACUCCACUGGAGCAAAUGCAAAACCAUACAAACAGUGCAGUGAUGAGAGACUCUUCAGGGAGAAUUCAGACGGAGCGCUGGUUGCACGAGCAGUUCUUAUUGACAUGGAACCCAAAGUAAUUACUCAAGCCAUAGCAAAGGCAUCAAGCUCAGGAAAAUGGAGAUAUGGGGAAAAAUCCCACUUCUGCCAGAAGCAAGGCUCUGGAAACAAUUGGGCAAACGGUUACUGUGUUCACGGCCCUCAGCACAAGGAGGCAGUGGAAGAUCUGGUGAGGCGGGAGGUAGAACGCUGCGAUCGCCUUGCAGGAAUAUUUGCCACGAUGAGUGUGGCAGGAGGUACAGGUUCUGGAGUGGGCACCUAUGUCACCCAGUGUCUGCGAGACACUUAUCCGCAUUCAUUUAUUCUCAAUCACCUGACAUGGCCCUAUGGAACAGGAGAGGUUAUCGUGCAAAACUACAAUUCAGUUCUCACGCUGUCUCGUCUCUACACGCUGUCUGACGCACUCGUGGUGCAUGAGAACGACACGGUUCACAAAAUCUGCAGCCAGCUGAUGAACAUCAAGCACAUCUCUAUCUCUGACCUUAACAAGGUGAUCGCUCAUCAACUGGGCAGCGUGCUGCAGCCUGCAUACACCGCAGACUCGCCUGUUCACUACAGCAGAAACCCCAUAGGUGAAUUGCUGAGCUCCCUGGUGUGUCAUCCUGAAUACAAACUGCUCAACGUGCUGAACAUUCCUCACAUGUCUCAGACAUCUCUGGCUUACAGUGCCUACACCUGGCCUGGCCUGCUCAAGCAUUUAAGACAAAUGCUUAUUGCCAAUGCCAGAAUGGAGGAAGGUAUCGAUUGGAAAGUGUGUGUGCCGUCGAGAAGAUCAGAGAGCGCAACAAACACCCAAAUGGGUUUUAACCGAUCCCUCUCGAAUCUUCUAAUACUGCGGGGUAAAAAUGGUUCCUCUGCUGAUGUAGAGGCUUUUAAGGAGCCUGGACUCUAUGUGCCAUGGAUUCCAGCAGAUGGCACUUUCCAUACAUGGCACUGCCCUGUGCCCUUCAGUGGCUAUGAGAAGUUGGCCACUUUAAUCAGCAAUAGCCAGUCACUUUUGAAUCCUCUGGAUCAUAUUGUUAAGAAGGCCUGGGACAUGUUUGCCUCAAGGUACAAAGAAUCCAAACUAACAGUACAUAGUGUUUCAGUAUGCCUUUUUUACUUUUCUUUGGCCACUGGUUAUUUAUUUAAAAAAAAAUUUUUGGUUCUUAACAGGGCCUAUAUUCAUCAAUAUACCAAAUUUGGAAUUUCAGAAGAAGAUUUUCUCGAAAGCUUUACCACGUUGGAACAGAUUGUCUCCAGCUACACACACCUCUGAACCUACCUCAUUCAUUUAAAAUGACUUUUUGAAUUCUUUUAAACUUAUCUAAAGAGAAACCGUCUGUGUGAAUGUUUGUCCUUGCCGUAUUUUCUACAAGCUGUGUAUAGUAUUAAAUGAACAUACAUUUUCAACUCUUCUCAUCCAGACUCAUUUUUAAAAAAAAUUAUUUUAUUAGUUGCAAAAAAAAAAAGAAGUCAUGAAACAAUUUACAAGCACAUAUAACACCAAUACAUUUAUUCACCACUUCUACCUGACUGUCUUUCAGUCACUAAGAUUGAAGGAAUAUUUGUCUCCACUGGUCCACUGUUUUAAGUUUGUUUGGUUCUCGAGAUCUCGUACCAAACCCACAUGUGCUAUGUAAUUUGCCCCCCCCAAAGUAAAACAUGCAAAUGACUAUUUUAAAUAUAUGCAAAGACAAUUACUCAUUUGUUUAGACACAUCAAUUCAUGCUACAUUGACCAGAAUUGUGUUGUUCAAACUGUAACUACAUGUAGAAAGAGUGGCAAAUAGAAACACAUCAAAUCUGAUAUUUAUCAAUCAAUCUAAAAAAAACAAACUUCUAUAAAAUGGUAAAGUCUGAUCAUAUUUCAGAGCAGAAAUCUCACAGAGGAAGAACUUCAGGUUCCUGUUUAAGCAUUUUCUUUGAGGAUCUAGACUUGGCCCAACCGUCAAGUUUUUUUUUUUUUUUGGUGAACAGAAGUGAGUAUUGCAAAACUGAAGCACUUUCAUUUCCUCUGAGGUGAUAAACCCAAAAUUUCAGUCAGCCUACAGACUGCUGUCGCCUUACGACUUCAGAGCCAACACCAGUCUGAUAAGCUAUCUGACAUGAUGGGACUGUGAGAACACGAUGCUCCUGAUAAAAAAAAAAAAGAACCUCAACGGUGAAUUAUGUAAAAACCUUUUAACUUCCCUACAACCCUGCUGGCAAAAUCAAACCUAUUUCAUGUCAUUUUUUUAUCAUUCUAUAAAAAAAAAAAAGAUAUCCUCUGUUACAGAUCAU